UAAAAUUUGAGGUAACAGAUUUUUUUGAGAAGCGGUGGGCAUCGUUGAUGGUGGAAGGCGGCGUGGACGACACUCAGUUUCCCAGGUCACUAAACACCAUCUUUUCCACACACUAUGUGGCCCGAGGUGAAGCAAGCCAUGGAGGAGAAGCGCUACGAGCUGGUACUGAGUGGACAAGACGUGAACAACAAGAUAAAGGAGCAGGAAGCACUAGACCCGGCGGUGUAUAGCCUGACCCAACUUAAUUUCCUGGAGGUGUCCAGGUCGCCCCUGACCUCCAUCUCCCCUGACAUUGGUCAACUCGUCAAUCUUACCAAUUUAAUCUUCCAAGGCAACAAGCUACAUUCUCUUCCAGAGACCAUUGGUAACCUUGAGAAACUUAAAGUUUUGGACGUUUCUGGGAAUUGUCUCCCGAGUUUGCCAGAUGGAAUUGGAAAAUUGACAAAUUUGACAACUCUCAUUGCCAGUAGUAAUGAAUUAUCUGCACUUCCAAACUUGGAAAACUGCAUUAAUCUUGCAGUUUUGGAUGUAGGCAAAAAUAAGUUAACAGACUUCCCAGAUGUUUGUCACGAGAAGUUGACACUUGUAGCAGAUCUCAAGUUUGCUGACAAUCACAUUAAUGAUAUUCCUUCAUCUGUAACUGUCUUAUCAUCACUGAAGAUUCUUGAUCUUGGGAAUAAUACAAUCAAGACUGUCCCGGGAGAACUUGCCGACUGUCUCAAACUUAAAGAUUUAAACUUGAAGGGAAAUCCACUGGAUGACCGACGCUUCCGUAAGCUAGUUGAAUCUGAUCGUUGCCUUCCACGUCAGGUGAUAGACUACAUCAGGCAGCAUUGUCCAAGAUCUCAUGAUGGAAAGAGUGGAACAUCCAGCAAAGGCAAGAGAGGCAAGGGAAGCAGAGGAAAAAAUGAUGAGACAAAACUCCAUGAAGGUGUGUGUGGAAAAAGGUUGGUAGCUACAAUUGCAACACAUGACUUGGCCAAGAUAAGAGGCCCCUUGAAGUUCAAUGCUGAAAAUCCAGAAGAAAUCCGUAUUCAUCCAUUGGUGAGAGGCAAGGAAGUAUCAGCCAGGGAAUUGUAUGAUGGGCUGCAGCAUGAAGCAGAAACUCAAAGAAAACAACAGAAGAGGAAUACUGUUCCAGGGCUAUACAAAUUUCUUCACUUAGUAGAGCGAUGGAGUCUCUGGCCAUGUCUUGCAGAUGCUGCUGGAAAAGUAAUCUCUCUUCCUCCCCUCACCAAUUCAGAAAACACAAAGAUAUCACAAGAAACGGAGAAUAUCUUCGUAGAGGUGACUAGCAGCACAUCAUUAGGAAAGGCUAAGGAAGUAACUGAUGCUUUGAUUCUUUCUGCCUUACAAAUUGGAAUCAGUCCUGCAAAGAAUGCUGAUGGAAAAGCAUUGUUAUCAGUUCAACAAGUUCGUGUUGAGGAGGAGUGUGGAGGACUACGGGUUCUCUAUCCUUCUCGCACCGAUCUAAUCUUUCAUAAUGAGAAGGUUAGAGUAAUUAGACCAGAAAAGUAAACUUAAUGGAUAUGGCUGUAUUAUUUAGUUUUUCUUUAUUUAUGGAAGGAUAAAACAUUUAAAACUGUGAUACAAAAUUCAUUAAUUUACACACUGGUAUCUAUGGUACAGUUUUAUUUACUUUGUAGGAAUCAGUUUUCCAAAUUAGAAAGUUGGAAAUUAUAUUUUUUUACCAUAUACAGUAUAUAUAUACAUUACUGUAUCUGUAUUGGUUUUUGCUUGUACAGUAUCUUGAGAGUUUCGGUCCUCUGUUAAAUUUUGUACAGUACAAAAAUGUAAUUGAUAUGAAUCUAUACAGAAUGAGUUUGUAAGGUAUAUUUAUAUUUUCAAUACAGCCAAAACUUUUCCAGUGCUGUUAAUUACACUUGCUUCAUUUCUAAUAACAUCAAGUUACAGUACUUAUAAGCUUUCUAAGGCCAGCUAAAAUAUUUUAUUUUUCAUACCAACUAAAUUAAUUUAUAUAACUAUGGUACAGUUUCUCUAGACAUAUUUUUUAUUUUCAACGUUGAAUUUUUUACUUUUUUAUGUUCUAUAUCCAUACAGUUUUGUGUAUGUGCCUUAGAAGAAGCUGUCAGAAUUCUUUUUUCAUUUUGUAUACAAAUGUUAAUACUGUAAAAUAAAUCAGUAAAUUGCAA